UGGAGCCUCCUCCCCGCCUGCCCCCCGUUGAUUUCCCAGCGCUCCGCGCGAUGCUACUUGGCUUUUUUCCUGGUGCUUCUAGUGGGGAGCGCCACUCCUUGAGCCUUUACCCUUACAUUAUCCAGAAGAAGUUGCGCUAAGGCGAAGUUCAUCCAAUGAAAAUCUAGAAAAUGGACAUUUCCGGGAGGGAGAACAUCAGGGAGGAGGACUUCCGGUGUCUUCGUGGCGGACAUUUUGAUUGUUGUUGAGACUGUGGACCUGAUCAAUAGCUCCGCUGUGCGGUGUUGAGAAAGAGGUGAGAGGCCUAGGAGGCGGAAGUGGACGGUUUAUGCGCACUACACGGGCGGGUCUUAGGGACGGGGACGACGCCGCCGCUUGCGGGGAGUAACCGUGCCGACUCCGACCCGGUCGCUGGUCUGUCGCCGUUCCGCUCCGCUCCGCGUAAAGGCUCCGAUGGCGGCGCCUGCGCUGACGGACCCACCUCAGGGCAGUGUGACCUUUGAGGAUGUGGCCGUGUACUUCUCCUGGGAGGAAUGGUGUCUUCUUGAUGAGGUUCAGAUACACCUGUACCUUGAUGUCAUGCUGGAGAACUUUGCAGUUGUAUGCAUUCUGGGUUCUUUUCCUGGAGUUGAGAAUGAAGAGAUGCCUUCUGAACAGAGCGUAUCUGCAGAAGGAGUGUCACAGAUGAGGACCCCCAGGGCAGGUUUGUCUCCUGAGAAGACCCAGCCCUGUAAGAUGUGCAUUGCAGUCUUGAGAGACAUUUUGCACUUGGCUGAAGAGCAAGGAACAAAUAGGGAGCAGAAAGCAUACACAUGUGGGGCAUGUGGGAAACAGUUCUAUUUCACUGCAAACCUUCAAGAGCACCAGAAGCAGCACAUUAGAGAGAAUCCUGUAUGAUAUGGUAUGUGGAGACCCUCAUUUUGGAAAAGCUACUCAAUCCACACAAUAGGGAAUCUACCUACCUACAUGGAGAUUGGGUACAACUACGUGGCCAACAUGGAACUGUUCUGGGCAGUGUGAGGGACACGGAAGGACUAAGAAUGUCCAGUGUGACCCUACGUGGCCUGGUCUCCAAGCAUCCUCUUCCUAAGCCCUUGAUCCAUUGCCUCACUGUUCCUUCCAUCCCUCCAGAAAAAUGUUAACUCACCAACAUGAUGAUUUUUAAUUAGCAAGAACUUGCCCUCCCCGCCUUGGGACCCACACUUGAUCAACGUACCUUAAAAGCUAAGACUGAAUGCAGGCUGACCCCUCCCAUGAAGACUUAAAAACCUGUGUAUAAAACAAUUAUAAUUUUAGGGGCUUCCCUGGUGGUGCAUUGGUUAAGAAUCCCCCUGCCAAUGUAGGGGACACGGGUUAGAGCCCUGGGAUGGGAAUUUCCCACAUGCCACAGAGC